AAAUUAGUCACGCAAGAACUCAACCUUAAAUUGGAAGUUGAAACAGAAGGAAUAUCCAAGAAGCUCGCUCCGUUGUCCCAAACAAAGAAAUUUAUAUGUUUCAAUUCGUGUCCAAAUCAUAAAAUUGCAAUGCUGCCGUUUUUUCCGACCUCAAAGGCGGUCGGAUCGGUAAUAUCCCGUAGAAAUGUGAUUAGCCAGUUUGUUAGGCGCGCCAAGAACGGUCAGCGGUCCGGGAACUUCGAUCAAAUCCGAUGGGUUACUAGCAUUUCCGGCUCCCAAACGCCUUGGGUCCACCCGUCACUCGGUUCACGCAAGGAGGCUUCUAUUGUUUCAUUAAACAAUUUUUUCAAUCAUUACACUCUACAAAGGAGACAAUUUUUAGGAUGUGGCGACGGAGAGGAAGGCGGCGUUUUGUCAAAAGUUUACGAGGAAAGGAUCGUCAUGGGGUAUUCGCCGGAGCAAUUGUUUGAUGUGGUAGCUGCAGUUGAUUUGUAUCAUGGAUUUGUUCCUUGGUGUCAGCGGUCUGAUAUAACUAAACGGUAUCGAGAUGGAUCAUUUGAUGCUGAAUUAGAGAUUGGUUUUAAGUUCCUUGUCGAGAGUUACGUUUCUCAUGUGGAAUUAAGCAGACCGAAGUUUGUGAAGUCAACUGCUUCCGAAAGUAGCCUUUUUGAUCAUUUGAUAAACAUUUGGGAAUUCAAUCCCGGACCAGUGCCAGGAACUUGCAACCUUUACUUUCUAGUGGACUUUAAAUUCCAGUCACCACUCUACCGGCAGGUCGCAUCCAUGUUCUUUAAGGAAGUAGUGUCCCGAAUGAUCAGCUCAUUUAGUGAACGUUGCCGAUUGAUAUAUGGACCUGGGGUUCCGGUCCUUGAGAACUCUUAUGUAGGAAGGACAUGAACGUUUGUUUCCGGAAGCCGGUUUGAAGUGCUGUGUAGAGCAUUUAAGGGCAGCAUCUGGAAUUAUUAUUAUUAUUAUUUAUAAAGACACUCUCACGUUGCCGUGUUUGUUUUCAGUACUGCCCGCCCAUUAUAGGUUCGCCUUAACCUUGAUAGGUAUUCGUUUGCCCUCGUCCAAUUUUCACAAAGAUUAAUCGAUAUGGCAUUCAACCAAUUUCAGCUUUUGCCUCGUUUUUUACACUAGUUAUGUCGAUAUUUUACAGAUUUGCAAUUGAUA